GUUUUGCUUUUUUGUUUUGAUUGCGAUCGAUUUGCUCACAGCGAGCACGAAAGUCUUCAACCACCCCCGAAUACGAUAAUCCAAUUUAUUCAUCAAGCUGCCGUGGUCGUGAUUGUACAGCCGCAACACAUUGUCCGCCAGUUAACUUAGAAUAGAGUGCGUUUUACUUCAACCGGAUAGCAAUAAGCGAUGGAUGUGGAAAGUUUAAACUGUUUGCUGAGCGGUGAUUAUGGGCGGGUAAAGGAAGCGCUGGUGAAAUUCAACAAACAGAACUCCCAGGUGUUUAACUUCACGCACUUUACCAGCACGGGCCAGUGGGUGGUGAUAUGGAACAAGCUGUUCGAAUACCUGGCGGACCCGGCCAUGCCCCACCGGGUCGAUUGCUUAAUGGCGAUUAAAGUGCUGGCCCGCGACAAGACGUAUCUGAACGAGACGGUCAGCGUGGAACAGCUCGAUGGGUUGCUGCAGCUGGCCGGCAUCGGUACGGUGGAUGGGUGCGAUGCGGCGGAAGAGGUACAGGUGGAAGCGCUCAAAUGUCUCAGCAAUAUGAUAUUCCAGAGCACCAAGUGUCAGGAAAUGUGUCUCAACAAUUCUUCCACCGAGGGCAUCAUUAGGCGGGUUAAGAUGUACAAGGAAGCACCGUACGGAUACGAUAUCAAGUAUUUCGACAUGAAGCUGCUGUUCCUGCUGACAGCGAUCAAUUGUGAUAUUCGAGCCAAAGUACGCGAUCAACUGCACGGGCUGGUGUACCUGGUGGAAACGCUGGAUCUGUUCAUGAGUCAGGCAGCAAUAUUUAAAGAAUUCAGCGACAAAGAUUUAGAUCUUAUAAACGAGGUGCUGAAAGUGUUAUUCAAUCUAACAGUCCGCUCGUCGGACAAUCUCGUACCGGAAGAGGAGGAAGCGACCCAGUUCCAUCGUUUAGUGACCGUACUGCACGACCUUUUCUUCUAUCGCACCCUGAACCGGGACAAGAUCGUACUGCUGCACUCGAACAUCGUUAAUCUGCUCACGAGCGUUCCGGUCAGCUGCUACAUCGAGCUCGUUUGCUCUCUGACCGCAAAGCACGACCCACCGGCCGCGGGUGACGGUAUCGAUCCACCCGCCAUCGUACCGUUCGAAGGGAACAAUGUAUACGUACUGCACGUGCUGGUAGAGUUUUUGCGCAAAAACUUCCAGAAGGCGGAAAAGAAGACGGACCAAUACGAGAUGCUCUCACCGAUACUGACGGUGCUGAUAAAGGCGGUCCGAGCGGACGGUGUGCAUCGCCGGUACGUGCGAUCGCUCAUUUUGCCACCGUUGCGAGACGUGCGCGAUCGGCCGGAGGUGGGUAAGGAGCUACGCAACUACCUGUGCUCGCUGCUAACGAGUCCCUGCACCCAGAUCGCUGACCUGUCGGCGGAGCUGUUGUUCGUACUGUGCAAGGAGAACGUUGGGCGCAUGAUCAAGUACACCGGGUACGGGAAUGCGGCCGGCCUGUUCGCCAACCGUGGACUGCUCGGAGGUCGCACCGGAAACGGUGGUGAGCAGUAUUCGUCGGACAGUGAGGACAGCGAUACGGAGGAGUAUAAACAGAUACAGCACGCCAUCAACCCGGUCAUUGGCUGUUACGAACCACCGAAACCGAACCCCCUCGAAGGUAUGUCCGAGGAGCAGAAGGAGUACGAAGCGAUGGAGCUGGUGAAGCUGAUGGACAAGCUGCAGCGUCAGGGUUUGAUACAGCCGUGCAAAAUAGGCGAGGACGGCAGACCGCAGGCCGUCGAUCACAUAAUGGAGCUGCAGGACGAGAUUCCGGAGCAGCAGCGAGACCACAAGCGAAAAACUUAAACCCGGGGAGGGGAGAGAACAAAAGCGUCCGAUCAUCGCCCAAGGCAUUCCAGCGCAUUCUUCCCGGGAAGCAGCUCAGCACACAGCGCGCGAAACGCAAAUGGUUUCAAUUGGACCUUGCAGCAAUUUUCUCCAAUCGAUACGAGCAGCGGAAAGCGUUAAAAAGGGGCGAACAAGUUUAACCUGCGAUGCCAAACACUAUUUUAGCUCAAAUAUUCAUCGCAAUAGGCUGUAUCCCGUCGAUCGCCAGUUUCUCGUCGGCAGCACCAGAAAUUUUUGCCAAAAACAUUUCGCAUAAGCCGGCGCUUACCCGGUCGGGUCGGUUAGAUGCAACGUAGAUGUUAAUGUUCUUUGUCCCCCCGUAUCCGGCUUUUCCUUGCGAGCAUUUGUGUUCCAUUUUUAAUGGGUGGAUUUUUUAAAGUAGCUUCCGUUCCAUCAGUGUAUGCACGGGGAAACGAUUUUUAACGAUCGCAAGCAACCAAAACCAAAACAGAGACGAAGCGAUCGAUACUUUCGACCGUUCGCGUGCCACGGACGACACGCGCGAUGCGGAAAGAGAGAGAGGAAAAACGUUAACAUAAUGCUACUCAAAGCAACAAGCGCACGGAUAUGUGUAUUGUAUGUAUUUAUCCACUAUUUCCAACUCACAUCACCAACGCGUCUGGUUCGGUAUGCCGGCCGCCACCAACCGCUCUACAACUGCUACUGCUGCUCCUGGCUAUUUGAUGUUGUUAUUUAUUGUGUUAUGCCCGCGGACUCGCCCGGGCGGCCAUACAUUUUCUGUUUCGUUGUUUUUUAACCCUCGUAACUCCUGAAUGUUGUGUAGUCUGUACUGUGUCUGUUUUUAGUAUCGGAUUCAUGGAUCUCCAGCCAACUUCAGCCAAUAAAAUUCAACUACCUAAAUCAUGUGA